UGUUAUUUUAUUUUAGUACUAAAAUCAAUCCGAAACCAUUAUCCCCUACGGCCUACACAAACCCUUAUAGACCCUUAUCCAAAGAUGAAUAGGUUAAUUUCUCCGCCAUAAUUUAUAAUCCACACCCUAAAAUCCUAAUAAAUCCAUUUCAUUUCCCGAAAAUGAGCACAAUCAAAGCCCAAAAAUGGAAUUGGAUAUCCGCCCUAGUAGGCGCAACAACGGCGGCAACUACAGCGGCGCUAAUAGCCGCAAAGCCGAGAGAUCCAGCUUUUGAGUUAAUCUCCAUCGACUUAACCGCCUUCAAGCUCAACUUCCCCGCCUUAGACGCCGAGUUAACCCUCACCGUCCACGUCAACAACCCCAACAUCGUAGCCAUUCAUUACAACUCCACCACCAUGUCAAUCUGCUAUGACGGAUCGCUACUCGGCUCAGCUCGGCUGGAGGCUGGUUCACAGCCGGCGCGCUCUUGUAGACUUCUUCGUCUUCCUGCUCGGCUUAGCGGCUUGGAGCUCUUGGCUAACCAUAAGAACCAGUUUUUGUCAGACGUGGCGAAGAGAGAGAUGGUUAUUGAUGCGGCUGUUGAUAUUAAUGGAGCUGCGAAGGUGUUGUGGUGGGACCAUAAGUUUAGGGUACACGUGGAUAGUCGUGUGUCCGUUGAUCCUGUUUUUCUUGAUGUUAUUGAUCAGGAAAAUAGAGCUGAAAUGGAGCUAUUAGUUUCUUGAAUUAUUUUUUAUUUUUUAAAUUAGUAUUAGACUUUUUGAUGCUCCAAGAUACAAGUAGCAAUAAUUACAUUAAGGUAUUAUUAAAUUUUCCGACCCUUUUUUUUUAAUCGCACCUCUUAUAUAAUGAAUUUUCAAUAUUACUUCUAUAUAUUUACGAACUCAAAAACUCUAACAUCUCUCUAAAAACUCUGUAAAAACACUCUCUAAAUUAAAGAAAGCUACAAUUUAAAAUCGAUUCACAAUUACGAACCUUAAUGAACAUGAAUACGAUUCAGCAAAUAAUUCAACCGAUUCGAAUUUAGAAAUAAUGGUAAACAGCAGUCGCAUGUGACA